UCGGGAGCGCUCCAGCCCGGGAGUCAGCACCAGGAUGGCAGCAGCCCCACUUCUGCCGCUCAGAGUGUGAUCCUCAGCUUCCCUGUGCCCGCUCUCGGCCCAGACUUUCUCAUGUGCGGGGAGGGGUGGGGAGGGGGACCUAUAUUUGGAGUUCCCAGCUGUGCUACUGGGGGCUCUCACCAAACUGGACUCCCCCAGGUUUUGCUGGCCUUGACCCAUGUCCAAGAGUCUCCCCUGAGCUUCAGAUGCCCCACUGAAAAGGAAAUAUACCUGCUCCCGAGGAUGGGGUGCCCCUCUACUCACCCCCUCCGCCUGUGUCUACCUGCACCAUUGGUUGGAGGUGUCCAUCACCUCCCCAGUCAGCCCUUCUCACUUAGCACUAGGGGGUGUUCUCUAGGAAGCUGGCAAACCCACCUCAGACACCAAUGUAACUGCCAGGCGCUUGCACCAUAGGGCUCUUCCCCCCCCCCCCCCCCCCCCCCCCCCCGCCCCAGGAGCAUCUAGCCCAGGGGAUCUAGCCAGGCCCAGGCUGAGGAAACCAGACCCUGUGACCAGGGCUGGGAGCCCUGCCUGAGAAGUCCAGCUUCUCUCCCCAGGUGGUCAUCUGCUGGAGAGAUGGCUGAUGCCCAGAACAGUUCGCUGGACAGCCCAGGGAGCGUGGGGGCUGUGGCAGUGCCCGUGGUCUUUGCCCUCAUCUUCCUGCUGGGCACGGUGGGCAACGGGCUGGUGCUGGCCGUGCUGCUGCAGCCCGGCCCCGGGGUGUGGCAGGAGCCGGGCAGCACUACUGACCUGUUCAUCCUCAACCUGGCCGUGGCCGACCUCUGCUUCAUCCUGUGCUGCGUGCCUUUCCAGGCCGCCAUCUACACGCUGGACGCCUGGCUCUUCGGGGCCCUCGUCUGCAAGGCUGUGCACCUGCUCAUCUACCUCACCAUGUAUGCCAGCAGCUUCACGCUGGCCGCCGUCUCCGUGGACAGGUACCUGGCCGUGCGGCACCCGCUGCGCUCGCGGGCCCUGCGCACCCCGCGCCACGCGCGCGCCGCCGUGGGGCUGGUGUGGCUGCUGGCGGCGCUGCUGGCGGCGCCCUACCUCAGCUACUACGGCACGGUGCGCUACGGCGCCGGCGAGCUCUGCGUGCCCGCCUGGGAGGACGCGCGCCGCCGCGCCCUGGACGUGGCCACCUUCGCGGCCGGCUACCUGCUGCCCGUGGCCGUGCCCGGCCACCUACGCCUGCCGCCUGGCCUCGCACUGCCUGGCCUACGCCAACUCCUGCCUCAACCCGCUGGUCUACGCGCUCGCCUCCCGCCACUUCCGCGCGCGCCUCCGCCGCCUGUGGCCCGGGGCGCGCCGCCCCCCGCGCUCCCGCCGCGCCCGCCGCCGCGUCCGGCCCGUGUCCCCGGGCCCCGACGGCUGCCCCUGCCCCGGGGACGCCAGCUGAAGAAAUCAACAGUCCGAGGGACCUAG